AUGCUAAGUGGUCGAACAGUAUUGGUAUGUGCCGAAGUUGCACAAGGAGGAUUUUCAUUUGUUUAUAAGGCAAGAGACACGGAGACGGGUGAAGCAUUUGCACUGAAGAAAAUUCUAUGUCAGACGAACGAACAAGUGCAGUCAGCCAAGGCGGAGAUUCAAGCACAUAAGGCUUUUAAUCACCCAAAUAUUAUGUCACUGAGUGAUUAUGCAGUGAUUUCCACUGGAACAAACACAUUUGAGUAUUAUUUACUCUUUCCGUUCAUGGAGAAUGGAACGCUGCGUGAGAUGAUUGAUGCUGCAAUUAGUCAAGACGUGCGAAUCCCAGAGGCGCAGAUUCUUGACAUGUUUCUUCAAAUUUGCCAAGCUAUAGCAGAGCUGCACUCAAGAACGCCACCGCUAGCUCAUCGUGAUAUUAAGCCGGAGAAUAUCAUGUUGUCAGACAAGGAUGAACCAUUGCUGACGGAUUUUGGAUCUGUCACCAUAGCCGAUGUCAUCAUUUCAAAGCGCUCCGAUGCGCGAUUACUGCAAGAACACGCUGCACAACAUAGCUCAAUGGCGUAUCGUGCGCCAGAGCUUUAUGAUGUACCGGAAAACUCUCAUAUUUCCAGCGCUACUGAUGUGUGGUCUCUGGGCUGUUUGCUUUAUUCCAUGGCGUUCGGGUACUCCCCAUUCGAAUGCUCCUUUUAUGACUCUGGCGUCGUGCGCGUGGUCGAGUGCACGUAUUUGGCAGUUAUUGGGCCGAUCAAGUUUCCAAAGAACUGUUCAUACUCUCCACAAUUUUGCGAGAUGAUUCGAUGGAUCCUGAUCCAAGACGCUAUUGCGAGACCAUCCGUGUUUGCCGUGAUCGAUCGGCUACAAAAUGAAAAUCCGUGGUACAGGCACUACCUUCCACACACUUCUGUGCAUUGUCUUUACUUUCAGCUUGCGCGCUUUGAAGGCUUAUCAAACCUGAGACAAAUGCUGUUAACGUAUGUGCGGAUAACUGACUGCGUUAUAAAGCCUCCAAAUGCUGUGCUGCAAUGUUGGAGCAAGACGAACAAAUCUGCAGAAAAUGAACGUGCGCAGUGGACCAUUUCAGAAACACAGGACGCCAGCAUGAUGACGAUGCAGUUCCAACUGGGCACGCUGCCAUGCCGACGGGUUGCAUCUGCGUGUGGUUAA